AUGUCCGGAAUUUGUAAAGCCCGUCUCACCGAAGAACGUCGACAAUGGAGAAAAGAUCAUCCAUACGGAUUUUAUGCACGUCCCGUAAAGACUGAAAACGGGUUAGAUUUAUUGAAUUGGCAAGUGGGCAUUCCAGGAAAAAAGGGGACACCAUGGGAAAACGGCGUGUUUAAGAUGACGAUGACAUUUCCAGAAGGUAUAAUAAAUCUUUUCCAUCAAAAUAAUAAAAGUCUUAUUAUUAUCCAUCCAAACCUCCGAAAUGUAAGCCUGUCUUCCAAAAUAAUGGACAACUAUAUAAGAGAUCUAGAUGAUCAUUUCCGCGACGCAGUUAAAUGGCUCCUUAUGGGUAAAUUUGUACCUGCUCUCUUCCAUCCAAACGUGUAUCCUUCCGGAACUGUUUGUUUGUCAAUUUUAAAUGAGGAAGAAGGAUGGAAGCCCGCAAUUACCAUUAAACAGAAUCUUCUUGAUGAACCGAAUCCUGACAGCCCCGCUCAAUCUGAUGCAUACAUGCUGUUCAAAAAGGACCGUGUGGCAUACGAUAAAAGAAUCCGACAACAAGCCAAAGAGAAUCCUGCAUAA